CUUCCUCCUUUGAUCUCUUCUCUCUGUGCGUUGAAACGCACCGCUCCGCUCUCCUCCUCGACCCUUCAACAGGGUAUCUGAGAACAGGAUUGAAUCGAGAGUGAGUUUUCCAUUGUUUUUUCCUUUUUAUUUUCUCUCAUUAUUGGUUUGCACUACUUCGACCAACCGAGAUCCCUAAAACAUUUGAUUUAAAACCUUGUUUUAUGCUCUCAUCUCGCCGUCCUCUACCCUGCAUUUAAACUUCGUGUACUUUGCUUUUGUGCUCCAAUCCCACCAUCUUUUCCCACAGGGUUCGGUGGUCGUAACCACUGAGAAACGUCUGAGAUUGCCGGUUAUCUGCAUUUUUUCAGGGUGCUUUCAACGAACUAGCGCUACUAUUUGAGGUCUGCAUUUGACCUGUUGCCACUGAUGAACCAACGUUCUAAAAUUAGAGGAAGCUAGUAUGAGAUACUUCUCGAAGUUCUAAAAAUGGCAAAAGAAAUUUACAUUUUUGUCCGCGAGUUGAGGAUACAAUCUUUAUUUUUAUCACUGUUUUCUUAGAUUCAGUUUGGCAAAUCUUUUUGAAAGAUUAGUGGGCUUUUAGAAGCCCGGUAGAUCAAAAACUGUCUUUUUUUUUUUUGUUUUAGACCAAAAGAUAAGACCCCUAAAAGACCUAAAAGUCCAAAAUGGUCUUUAUUUGAAAAGCUACAACCGAAACUUUUGGUCUAUUCGGGCUUUUCACCUACAUCUGGCAAAAAUUCGAACUCAACGAAACAUCCUUUGUUCUCCACUUUCGAAAGUGACUGAGAGGAACUUUGCCCCAAGCGACUGAGAAGCAUCGACUCAGGAGGCUAAUUACCAGCUGUUCUUCACCGUGUUCAGAAUGGCCACUCUCAGACCUGAACCUAUGUUCUAAACUUCUAAGGUUUGUAACCCUUAGGUUUUACCCUUGCACCAGAAAUGGUCCAUGGUUCUAGAUUGUUGUCUACACAUGAAAGGGACAAAUACAGGCACAGAACUGCUGAUAUGUGUUGGGCUUCUACGGGAUGAGCCAAAACUGAGGGCCAUGGAGUGCGUGGUCCAGGGAAUUAUAGAGACACAGCAUGUUGAAGCCCUUGAGAUUCUGCUUCAGGGCCUUUGCGGGGUUCCCAAAGAACGCCUUAGGAUCCACGAGUUAUGCCUCAAAAGUGGGCCAAAUCUUGGAGCAGUGGCCUCAGAGGUUCGACUCUUAUGUGAUCUUGAACAACCUGAACCCACAUGGACUGUUCGGCAUGUUGGGGGUGCCAUGCGAGGUGCUGGAGCUGAGCAAAUUUCAGUAUUAGUGAGGACUGUGGUGGAAAGCAAAGCAAGCAAGAAUGUCCUGCGCUUCUUUUAUACACUUGGUUACAAGUUAGACCAUGAACUCUUGAGGGUGGGUUUUGCCUUCCAUUUCCAAAGGGGUGCUCAAAUCACAGUCACUGUAACUUCAGUUAAUAAAAUGCUGAAGCUCCAUGCAACAGAAGAGGCUGUACCAGUGACACCUGGUAUACAAUUGGUUGAAGUGACAGCCCCUGCAUCUUCUGAUAACUAUACUGAAGUUGUUGCUGCCAUUUCAUCAUUUUGUGAAUACCUUGCACCGCUCCUGCAUUUGUCGAAGCCAAAUGUUUCAGCAGGGGUUGUCCCAACUGCUGCUGCUGCUGCUGCUUCUCUCAUGUCAAAUGGUGGUGGUAAGACUCUAUAGUUAAGUAGUACUUUUUGAAUUCGAUCAAAAAUAGUACUUUUUGAAUCUGUAAGUUGUUCCUCCAUGACUAAACGUUUUUCUUUUUUUUUUUUUUUCUUUUUGAUCAGUAACAUAAUUUUUUUUAAUAUGUGACAAAGAAUAUGUGGUAUAUACAAUGUAGUAUGCCAAGCAUCCCAGAUCCGCUAUACUAUUUAGUCGAUUUUUGAGUCCAAGGGAAGCUAGCUUGAGUAAACCUUGAUGAACUGAAUAAGAAACCGGGAGGUUCUUACUAUCGGUGUCAUGUAUGGAACGACUGGCAUCAGUUGUAAGGUUAUUAUCCAAAGAUGUUUCUCAAUUUAUUUUUUAUUCAA